AUGGUCCAGAUUGUGAAAGCGCAUCCAUCCUUGGAGACAUUGAAAAGUCUAGAUGAAAUAGAGCAGCUAGCAACCAGAACACUGGAUAAAGAAUCAUGGGCGUUCAAUUUUGCCGCGUCAGGAGACCUCAUCACCAAAUGCCUAAAUACAGAAGCUUUCAAUUCGAUUCUGUUGCGUCCUCGCAUCUUUAUUGACGUCAGCAGAUGUGACUUAUCAACAACGAUAAUGGGACAGCCAUCAGGGCUCCCAAUUUUUAUUUCUCCAAUGGCAAUGGCUCGACGAUUCCACCCUAGUGGAGAGGCUGGUGUUACCCAAGCAUGUUGUAAAUUUGGUGUUAUGCAUAUAAUCUCAAACAAUGCUUCCAUGACCCCGGAGGAGAUUGUGGAAAAUGCAGCACCAGAUCACGCGCAUGGAUUUCAGCUUUAUGUGCAAAUGGACCGGAGAGAAAGCGAAGCAGUGCUGGCACGAAUCAAUAAGCUGAAAGUGAUCAAGUGCCUUGUUUUGACUCUCGAUGAGCCUGUUCCAGGAAAACAUGAGCUUAAAGGACAGCAUGGUGGAAAAGCAGAAAUCCAGGAUAGAUUCGAACCGUCACCACAGCUCACACCUGCUGUGCCAUCAAUUUCUGGGCCAGCAUACAACCUCACAUGGAAAGAUACACUUAGCUGGAUUACGCAACAUACAGAGCUACCUAUUGUUCUAAAAGGAAUCCAAACACAUGAAGAUGCUUAUAUUGCUUCUCAAUUUCCUCAAGUGAAAAGUAUUAUAUUGUCGAACCAUGCUGGGCGGGUACUUGAUACUGCUCCUCCCGCAGUGCAUACAUUGCUUGAAAUUCGCAAAUAUUGCCCGGAAGUCUUCGACAUAGUGGAAGUAUUAGUUGAUGGAGGUAUUCGAAGGGGCACAGAUGUGGUAAAAGCAUUGUGUUUGGGCGCCAAAGGUGUUGGUAUUGGUCGAUCGGUAUUCUGGGGUCUUGGGGCUGGAGGGGUUCGUGGAGUUGAGAGGACAAUUGAAAUUUUGGCGGAUGAGAUAAAAACUUGUAUGCAGUUGUUGGGUGUGAGAAGAGUGGCAGACCUGGGUCUUCAGCAUGUCAAUACAUCAAUAAUAGAGCAACAAAUCUACAAGAGCCCAUCAGGUCUUGAGGGUGUAAAAGUAUUAGUAUAA